UUCUGUAUUCAUGCAGUAACAUGGCAAGAUCCAGAUAUCUUCAGGAUGAGUUCAUGUGUGCAGCGUGUCAGGAUCUCCUGAAGGAUCCAGUGACCAUUCCCUGUGGACACAGUUAAUGUGAGAGCUGUAUUACAAACUGCUGGGAUCAGGAGGAUCAGAAGAGAGUCUACAGCUGCCCUCACUGCAGACAGACCUUCAGUCCAAGACCUGCUUUAGCUAGAAACACCAUGCCAGCUGAAGUGGUGGAGAAACAGAAGAAGAGGAAACGUCCUGCUGACUGUGACAAACUGAAGAACACCAAACUUUCUGCUUACUGUUACACUGAAGAUGUGCAGUGUGACGUCUGUACUGGAAAAAAAUACAAAGCCGUCAAGUCCUGUCUGAUGUGUCUGAACUCUUACUGUCAGAAUCACCUGGAACAACAUGAGAGCUGGUUUAAAGGAAAGAGACACUAUUUGACUGAUGCCACUGGACGACUGCAGGAGAUGAUCUGCCAGAAACAUGAGAAGGUCCUUGAGGUUUUCUGUCGCACUGACCAGAAAUGUAUAUGUGUGCUGUGUAUGGAUGAACAUAAAAACCACGACACUGUAUCUGCUGCAGCACAGAGGACAGAGAAACAGAGGCAGCUGAAGGAGACACAGAAGAUGUUCCAGCAGAGAAUCCAGCAGAGAGAGAAAGAUCUUCAGCAGCUGAGAGAGACUGUGGAGUCUCAGAAGCGCUCUGCACAGACAGCAGUGGAGGACAGUGAGAGGAUCUUUACUGAGCUCAUCCGCUCAUCCAUUGAGAGAAGCUGCUCUGAGCUGAUACGACUGAUCAGAGAACAGGAAAAGACUGCAGUGAGUCGAGCUGAAGGACGACUGGAGCGAAUGAAGUGA